AUGUGUGAUACAAAACCGUUUGUCGGAAGUUUUGAAUGUAUUCGAUUCGAAGAUCAGAACUCAACAAGAAUAAUACGUAAACCUUUGAUUUUGCGAUUUCAAUACUUUAAAAUAAACAAUACAAAUUGUUACUAAACUAAUUUUUAAUUUUCAUUCGGUUCCAAGAGACCAUGUCCAUAUCAUUAAUAUGUUCUCUUUUUUAUGUUUCUCAAGAAUCUUUUUCAGCCGAUUCCGGAUGUUUUUCGGAUAUCGCCGACAUUGUGUUUCAAAACGUUGAUGAGUCAUAUCAUGCAGAUCCUGAAAAGCCCAAACUCCUCACUGGAGUAGGUCAAGUGUUGGGAACUCUCAAACACCCUGAGGUUUUUGAACUUUAAUUAACUCUUUCAGCAAAAAUUAAUUUCAGGCCAAAGGAUUCAAACAAAGAAUUGUGUUGGAUGCAGAUGGUCGUCAACUUCACCUCAAACACACCACAAAAGCUGUUGUCAAAAAAUGUGAUGAAUUUGGUAUGUCAUCUUUUUUUUGUUAAAUAUGAAUAUAGUUUUUGAAAUUACAAAAUUAUAGAACCGCAAAAUCACUUCGAACAUACUCGCAAUUAUCUUUACAACAAAUCUAGAUGAUUGCUAGUAUUUCGAAGAGAUUCUGGGCUCUACCGAAUAAAUAGAAUAUAGAAUGGUAGUGAAUACUGAGUGAUGAAUAAUUCCAGAGGUUCCCUUUUUAUACCGAAAUAAGUGGGCGUGGCUAAAAGCAUUUCAAGCUAUAUGGGAAGAUUAGAAAUGGGAAUUGUGCUAUUUUUAUUUCACGCCAUUCCCGGAUGGGAGAAAAGCGGCGUUUUCUUUUAUUUUUUGACACGUGUCAGCCUUGUGGCAAAUUUAACACUUAAAUGUCACCAUGAGAUCGGGUUCCGUGCUCAUUAAUAUUGACGAGGUGUGAAAUAUUCGCACAUUUGAUACAUCUUUUGAAAAUCAGAAAGGUUUAUGGGAAGAAUAUGUUUUUUUUACAGUUGCGGCACAUGAAGAAUUCAGCUUUCAUCAGUCAUUUGGAAAUAAUAAUGGUUGCUCUUCAUAUGAUAUUCCUGUUGCUACAACACUUUCGGUCAAUCAACUUCGAAAUCUCGUUCGACAUAGUAUGGUUCGAUGUAAAGUUUGUAAAAAUCGUUUUGGCGAAGUUUAUCUUCUCGAAAAACAUUUGCGUGAAUGUCAUCCAGCACAAUAUGAAAUAUAUAUGGAAGAACAAGCAAGACAAACACAUGAAAUGAUGUAUGUUUUUAAUUAUAAAAAAACAAAGAAUCAUAUAUUUGAAUUUAGGGAAAUGGACCGAGAAAGACAAAGAGUUGAAGAAUUAUUGAGCGGAGGUUUUAUUCCACCAGAAUCCGAAAUGGAUGAACUUUGUAAUCGAACAGAGCCAAUUGAAGAGUAAGGCACAGUUGGAGUGUUCGAUAGAACUAUAAUUUUAUUUUCAGGAUUCCGCUUCCCGGUGAAACACCUUCUCAGGAUUCAUUUCAUAAAAAAGUUCCCUAUUUCAAAAAGGUACGAUAACUUUAUAUAAAUAUUUUCUGAUCAACAUAAACAUUAAAUUUUCAGCGCUCUCCACAAUGUCCAUUUUGCGACAAAAGAUUCAGAAAUGAUAUCUCAUUUAAUAAUCAUAUCACAAAGGUUAGUUCCAUAAUGCGAAAGUUAUUUCUUAAUCUUUAUUCAUAUUCUAGAAACACCCGGAAUGCAUUAACUUCGUACAAUGCUUACAUUGUUUCAAAUGUCUUCCAAGUCGCGAAGAGCUUGAAAUACCAAAUUCACAUGAAUGCGAUAUGACAUAUUUGUGUCUCGACUGUAAGCCAAUUCGCAACAUGUGCACCGAAAUUCGUCUUUUCAAACAUCGUAGCAAAUUUCAUCGUGGUGCAAAUUCAGGAUUCCGUUGUCAAGACUGUAAUCAAAAGUUUUUGACACCUCGCAAACUUCGAAAACAUAGAAAAAUGGCACACGUAUUCUCAAGAACUUAUCAAUGCCAUUUUUGUGAAGAACUGUUUAUUUCAGAGACCGCGGUAAGUUUUAUUACUUUCAUUUUAAUAAAAAAAAACAAUGAAUCAUAAAUUUGUAUCACAAAAACAUCAUCACAAAAAUGAUAUAUUAUAGGUCACUGUGCACGAAAGAAUUCACACUGGAAUUCUGAAAUUCGAGUGUCAAAUCUGCGAUCAAAAAACAAACAGAUUUUUGCAAAUGGAAGAACAUCAAAAGGUAAGAAAAAAGUAUUAUUCCCUUGUGAUUUGACAUGAUAUAUGUAUAAUUUUCGAAUGAAGGUCUCAAAAAACAAGGUCGAAUUAUUCCAUUUUAUAGGAACACCACGGUUUUGUCUGUUCGGUUUGUCAAGAAAAAGCGACAACUUGGAAUGAAAUGAAAGAUCAUAUGCUUGUUCAACAUGGUGGUUAUUUGACUUCUGAUGCAAGUCAAGCUUAUGUCGAUUCGCCACGUGUUUGGCUAAUGUACAAGGGUGACUGA